AGCACAGAGGCAGUCUCUAACUCUAGCCCAAUGAGCUCUCAGCCCCUCACACACACACUCUCUCUCAGCGCUGGCUCAGGCUCCGCUUCAACACUGGGACACAGAGAGAGGCAGCAAGAGGCGGAGAAGGAGAGUAAGAGAGAGGGAGUGAGGAAGAGGAAGAGCGGGAGAUCGGUAGUGUGUAUGUGUGUGUGAGAGAGAGAGCACCAUGGCUUUAGACCCAGGGCUCGUAGCACUGCUUCUAUGGACUAUACCACUACAAGUACUGGGCAACGCCGGAAACAACAAUAACAAUGAAGUGAAUCUGCUAGACACAUCCUCAAUAUCAGGGGACUGGGGAUGGCUAACAUACCCAUCACAUGGGUGGGACUCCAUCAAUGAGAUGGAUGAGUAUUUCAGCCCCAUCCACACCUACCAGGUGUGUAACGUGAUGAGUCCCAGUCAGAACAACUGGCUGAGGACAGGCUGGAUCGCUCGUGACGGAGCCAGGAGGAUCUACAUUGAGGUCAAGUUCACCCUCCGGGACUGUAACAGCAUGCCUGGAGUACUGGGAACCUGCAAGGAGACAUUUAACCUGUACUACUAUGAGUCAGACCGAGCGGUGGGCACGGCCAUAAAAGAGACCCAGUUCACCAAGAUCGACACCAUCGCUGCUGAUGAGAGCUUCACUGGAGUGGACCUGGGAGUCAGGAGACUCAAACUCAACACUGAGGUUCGAGGUGUGGGCCCCCUCACUAGACGAGGCUUCUACCUGGCCUUCCAGGACAUUGGGGCGUGCAUCGCCCUGACCUCUGUGAGGGUGUACUACAAGCGCUGCUCGGGUGUGGGCCGCAACCUGGCCGUGUUCACUGACGUGGUAACGGGCGCUGACUCCUCCUCCCUGGUGGAGGUCAGGGGUCAGUGUGUGGAUCACGCCGAGGAGAGAGACACGCCCAAGAUGUACUGCAGCGCCGAGGGGGAGUGGCUGGUGCCCAUCGGGAGGUGUGUCUGCAGUGCAGGGUUCGAGGAGCACAGGGAGUCCUGCAUCGCGUGUGAGGUGGGUUUCUAUAAGCCAGUAGCAGGUGAUGGGUUGUGUGGGAAGUGUCCUCUACAAAGCCACUCAGAGACCAGAGCUGCCCUCUCCUGCCCCUGUGACUCCAGUCAUUACAGAGCCCCCACCGACACCCUUGCUGCACCCUGCACACGCCCCCCAACAACUCCAGUAAACGUGAUAUCAUCAGUUAAUGGGACGUCAGUGAAUCUGGAGUGGGGGCGACCGCUGGACUCUGGGGGUCGCAGUGACCUGCUGUACAGUGUGCUCUGUCAGAAGUGUUCUGGGGAGGGGGGGCAGUGUGAGGACUGUACAGCAGGGACAACCAGUGGUGGAGGGGGGAUGGGAGGAGGGGGUGGAGGGACAGUGGACCGUGCCGGUGUGGUACCGGUGCGGUUCGUUCCCCGGCAGAGCUCUCUGACCGAACCCUGGGUGACUGUUCUAAACCUGGUUGCCCACGCCAACUACACCUUCCGCAUCCUAGCGAUGAAUGCAGUGACUCAUCUGAGCAAUGAGCCGCCGCCCUUCGCCUCUGUCAACAUCACUACGAACCAGGCAGCCCCAUCCCAGGUAAUUGCGAUUCGUCAAGAGAACGCAAGUCAGAAUAGUGUCACUCUGCUGUGGCACGAACCAGACCAGCCCAACGGAGUCAUACUGGAGUAUGACAUCAAAUACUACGAGAAGGAUAAGGAGCAGCAGAGUUACUCCACCCUGAAGGCCAAGGGGACUACGGCCCGGGUGUCUGGUCUGAAGCCCGGUACCAGGUACAUCUUCCAGGUCCGGGCCAGAACCUCGGCAGGCUGCGGACGCUUCAGCCAGAACGUGGAGAUCCAGACCGGGAAAGCAAUUCCUCUGCGCUACGACACUAUGACCAUCAUCUGGAUCUGUAUGGUCCUGGUCUCUGGCCUCGUCACCUUCCUGGCCAUCGUCAUCUGCAGGAAACGACAUUGUGGCUAUAGCAAGGCCUUCCAGGACUCUGAUGAGGAGAAGAUGCACUACCAGAAUGGCCAUGUGUCAUUCCCCGACGCACGUUUCUACAUCGACCCACACACCUACGAGGACCCCUGCCAGGCCGUCCAUGAGUUUGCCAGAGAAAUUGAAGCUUCCAGGAUCAAACUGGAGAAAAUCAUUGGCUCAGGUGAGUUUGGGGAGGUGUGUUACGGGCGGAUGCGUCUCCCAGGGAAGAGAGACAUCCCGGUGGCUCUGAAGACGCUGAAGGCAGGAUACAGUGACAAGCAGAGGAGAGAAUUUCUGGCUGAGGCAUCAAUCAUGGCCCAGUUUGACCACCCUAACAUCAUCCACCUGGAGGGAGUGGUAACACGCAGUAAACCAGUCAUGAUCAUCACUGAGUACAUGGAGAAUGGAUCUCUGGACUCUUUCCUGAGGAGACAUGAUGGUCAGUUCACUAUAAUCCAGUUGGUGGGCGUGCUGCGUGGCAUCGCUGCGGGUAUGACCUACCUGGCAGACCUGGGCUACAUCCACCGCGACCUGGCAGCUCGUAACAUCCUGGUCAACAGCAACUUGGUGUGUAAGGUGUCUGACUUCGGCCUGUCUAGAGUCCUGGAGGACGAUCCUGAUGCAGCAUACACCACCAGCGGUGGUAAGAUUCCGAUCCGCUGGACAGCACCGGAGGCCAUCGCCUACAGGAAGUUCUCCUCAUCCAGUGACGUGUGGAGCUACGGCGUGGUCAUGUGGGAAGUGAUGUCAUACGGGGAGAGGCCAUACUGGAACCUCACCAACCGAGAUGUGAUAAAAUCAGUAGAGGAGGGCUACAGGCUGCCUGCUCCAAUGAGCUGUCCAGGUGCUCUACACACUCUCAUGCUGGACUGCUGGCAGAAGGACCGGAACGAGAGGCCUCGCUUCUGCCAGAUUGUUACGGUUCUAGACAAGCUUAUCCGGAACCCGGAGAACCUUAAGUCCAUGGACACGCUGUGCAGGUUAGGCACACCUCCCAUGAUGGACAGAAGUAUCCCAGACUUCAGCAGCUGUAGUUCCGUGGAUGAGUGGCUGGAUACCAUCAAGAUGGGCCGAUACAAGGACCACUUUGCUGUAGGAGGCUACCAGACCUUGGGCCACGUCAUAAGCAUGAACCAAGGGGAUAUACACAGACUGGGGGUGACACUGAUGGGCCACCAGAAGAAGAUCAUGACCAGUGUACAGCUGAUGCGUGUUCAGGUGCUCAACAGGAGUGUGCCCUCAGUGCAUGUGUAACUUCAGCCUCCAGGCUUCUCCAGCCAGCCGAAUGUCAAAUCUAGCCCCAGGCUUCUGAGGCCUAGUGGAACUUCAUGGGAAUAGAUCUAUGAC